AUGCUCCGUCAAUCCAUCAUCCGACCUGCCGCCACCGCUACCCGGGCUCUCCAAUACCGAUCCUUCUCGGUUGCUGUGCCUCGAAUGGGCGAAGGCGACACUGGUGCUCCCCGCUCUGCUGCCGGUUCAUCCUCUGGUGACGCAUUCACCAAGCGCGAAGCCGCCCAGGAAAGCAUGUACAUUCGUGAGAAGGAGCUCGAGAAGCUUGCCAAGCUGAAGAAGCAGAUCUCUGAUCAGCGUAAACACCUUGAUGACCUCGAGGGCCACAUUGACAACCUGACCCAGGAGCAGAAGCGCUAA